AUGGAUGAGCAUUUAAUUUCUACCAUUAACAAGCUUCAGGACGCUUUGGCCCCCUUAGGAGGAGGAUCUCAAUCUCCUAUUGAUUUACCACAGAUCACUGUUGUCGGUUCUCAGUCGUCAGGAAAAUCCUCCGUUUUGGAGAAUAUUGUUGGUAGGGAUUUCUUGCCAAGAGGUACUGGUAUCGUUACUAGAAGGCCUUUAGUUUUACAAUUGAUUAAUAGGAGACCAAAAAAGUCAGAACAUGCUAAAGUAAACCAGGCUGCUAAUGAAUUGAUUGACUUAAACAUCAACGACAAUGAUAAGAAAAAGAACGAAACAGGAGAGCAUCAGAAUGAAGGGCAAUCUGAGGACAAUAAAGAGGAAUGGGGUGAAUUUUUGCAUUUGCCCGGUAAGAAAUUUUACAAUUUUGAUGAAAUUAGACAGGAAAUCGUCAAAGAAACCGACAAGGUUACAGGUGCCAAUUCAGGUAUUUCUUCUGUUCCCAUUAACUUGAGAAUUUAUUCUCCACAUGUUCUGACUUUGACGUUAGUCGAUUUACCUGGGUUAACGAAGGUUCCUGUAGGUGACCAACCUCCUGAUAUUGAAAGACAAAUUAAAGAUAUGCUGCUAAAGUACAUUUCUAAACCAAACGCUAUUAUAUUAUCUGUUAAUGCCGCUAACACAGAUUUGGCGAACAGUGAUGGUUUGAAGCUGGCUAGAGAAGUCGACCCGGAGGGAACUAGAACUAUUGGUGUCUUGACAAAAGUCGAUUUGAUGGAUCAAGGUACAGAUGUCAUAGAUAUUUUGGCUGGAAGAGUCAUUCCUUUGAGAUAUGGUUAUAUCCCAGUUAUCAAUAGAGGCCAAAAGGAUAUCGAACACAAAAAAACAAUAAGAGAAGCUCUUGAAAACGAAAGGAAAUUUUUUGAGAACCAUCCCUCUUACAGUUCUAAAGCUCACUACUGUGGUACACCAUAUUUGGCGAAAAAGUUAAACUCAAUCUUAUUACACCACAUCAGGCAAACUCUACCAGAGAUUAAAGCCAAGAUCGAGGCCACAUUGAAAAAAUAUCAAAAUGAACUUAUAAACUUGGGUCCAGAAACUAUGGAUUCAGCUAGUUCUGUUGUUUUGAGUAUGAUUACUGAUUUUUCCAAUGAAUAUGCCGGCAUCUUGGAUGGUGAGGCGAAGGAGCUUUCCAGUCAGGAACUUUCUGGUGGUGCUAGAAUUUCUUAUGUAUUCCACGAAACUUUCAAAAACGGUGUGGACUCUCUAGAUCCAUUCGACCAGAUUAAAGAUUCUGACAUCAGAACAAUUAUGUACAAUAGUUCAGGUUCCGCCCCAUCUUUGUUUGUCGGUACCGAGGCUUUUGAAGUUUUAGUUAAACAACAAAUUAGAAGGUUUGAAGAACCAUCUCUCCGUUUAGUUACUCUGGUGUUCGAUGAACUUGUUCGUAUGCUAAAACAGAUUAUCUCGCAACCAAAAUAUUCAAGAUAUCCUGCUCUAAGAGAAGCGAUUUCUAAUCAGUUCAUUCAGUUCUUAAAGAAUGCUACUGUUCCUACAAACGAAUUUGUUGUCGAUAUAAUCAAGGCUGAACAAACUUACAUUAACACAGCCCAUCCCGAUCUUUUAAAAGGUUCUCAAGCAAUGGUAAUGGUAGAAGAAAAAUUACAUCCUCGCCAAGUCGCUGUUGACCCAAAGACAGGUAAACCAUUACCGGCCCAACCACCAUCCAGCAAAGCGCCACCUAUGGAAGAGAAAUCAGGAUUUUUUGGUGGGUUCUUCUCCACUAAAAACAAGAAGAAAUUAGCAGCCUUGGAAUCCCCACCUCCUGUUUUGAAAGCUACCGGCCAAAUGACCGAAAGGGAGACAAUGGAAACAGAAGUAAUCAAGUUGUUGAUUAGUAGUUAUUUCUCUAUCGUCAAAAGAACUAUUGCCGAUAUUAUACCAAAAGCUCUGAUGCUUAAAUUGAUUGUGAAAAGUAAAACUGACAUUCAAAAAGUUUUACUCGAAAAACUAUAUGGAAAGCAAGAUAUUGAAGAAUUAACCAAAGAAAACGACAUAACCAUCCAAAGAAGAAAAGAAUGUAAGAAGAUGGUCGAGAUAUUGAGAAAUGCUAGUCAAAUUGUCUCAUCUGUUUAA